CAUUUAAACUGUAAAGAAAAGAAAAAUCUUUCAAUGAGAGGAAAGAGAAGACCAUGCAAAGUAAAGCCAUUUGUACCAGUGAGGUGGGAGGCAUUUAGUGUGCAGCUCUGGAAGUCCGGCCCGCUCUCAUCACAAAGUCAUGAUUUUUGACCACUGCACUGUGAAAAAGGAGGCAAUUCACCUUUCUUGCCCAGCUCUCCCCAGCUAAGUGCUCUACAUGGGCGAGCUGCCCUCCUGGGUCUCGUAUGGGUGGGGGAAAGUGGGCAUCAUCCCACAUUCGCGGUGAGCUAGCUGUUCCUGAGUCUGUGUCUAGGCCACCACGCUAAGUGACGGGAAGAAGGCGGAGGACAUUCGUACCUAGAUCCUGUUAGCUCCCAAAGUAAUUUCGUUGCCUCCCACAGUUAGCAGUUCACAUGAAACAUCCCACAUUUUUAUUAAACAUUAUUUGAAGCUCUGAUAGGAAGCCCAAAAGUCUACAGCCUGGGUAUCCAAAACAAGCUUGACUUCCCCUCUCAUGGACUUCUUUUUCUGCUCUUCUUACAAACUUGGGCACAAUUUGGAUGAGUGUUUCCUGGGCCAGAAGGAGCUUUAGGACCCACGGUUACGUGGAGGGGAGCUGCUGGCUGGAGCAGUGUUUUAUGGACUCCUUUCAGUUUGUCUGUGGCAGCUGACUAGUGGUUCCCAACAAAGGCUUUCACUGACUCAGCUCUGAACAUGACUCAUAAAUCUCCUUUUCCCCUCUUGCUGACUUUUAUAGACAUCUAUUGUCCACACCCUGACCACACACUGUCACCCAUCGGAAUCUCUAGUUGACUCAGGUUUACACUUUAUAAAGGGCCCUCUGAAAGGAGUCUUAAGUGAUUGGAACCUAAGUUCCAAAGGUUGCAAGAAUAAUAUUUCAUGUUAGGGUGACCCUAAACAUCCAGAUAUCUAGAUGAUUCUUAUUUUGGAAGUUCUUUGCUGGCCACACGAUGUCAUUGUGAAUUUAUUCAAUAACUAAGUUUCUUUCUCUCUCCAUUCCUUCAUUGCUAUGUCACUGUUUCCCUGAAUAAUGAAUCAUCAGACCGUUGCAUGGGGGACUCAUGAUGGUACCAGGCAGAUAAAACCUCGACGUUGACCGUGGAGAAGCUUGUGGAAAAACUGCGUAGAAAAUCUAAUGGAUGAAGAUGAGAAAGACAGGGCAAAGAGAGCUUCUCGAAACAAGUCUGAGAAGAAGCGUCGGGACCAGUUCAAUGUUCUCAUCAAAGAGCUUAGCUCCAUGCUCCCUGGCAACACGCGGAAAAUGGACAAAACCACCGUGCUGGAAAAGGUCAUUGGAUUUUUACAGAAACACAAUGAAGUCUCAGCGCAAACGGAAAUCUGUGAUAUUCAGCAAGACUGGAAGCCUUCAUUCCUCAGUAAUGAAGAAUUCACCCAGCUGAUGUUGGAGGCGUUAGACGGCUUCAUCAUCGCAGUGACCACAGAUGGCAGCAUCCUCUAUGUUUCAGACAGUAUCACGCCUCUCCUGGGGCAUUUACCGUCAGAUGUCAUGGAUCAGAAUUUGUUAAAUUUUCUUCCAGAACAAGAACAUUCAGAAGUUUAUAAAAUGCUCUCUUCCCAUAUGCUUGUGACAGAUUCCCCCUCCCCAGAAUACUUAAAAUCUGACAACGAUUUAGAGUUUUAUUGCCAUCUUCUCAGAGGCAGCUUGAACCCAAAGGAAUUUCCAACUUAUGAAUACAUAAAAUUUGUAGGAAAUUUUCGCUCUUACAACAAUGUGCCUAGCCCCUCUUGUAAUGGCUUUGACGGCACCCUUUCAAGGCCCUGCCGGGUGCCGCUGGGAAAGGAGGUCUGCUUCAUCGCCACAGUUCGUCUGGCAACACCACAGUUCUUAAAGGAAAUGUGCAUAGUUGACGAACCUUUAGAGGAAUUCACUUCAAGGCAUAGCUUGGAAUGGAAAUUUUUAUUUCUGGAUCACAGAGCCCCUCCGAUCAUAGGAUACCUGCCUUUUGAAGUUUUGGGGACCUCAGGCUAUGACUACUACCACAUUGACGAUCUGGAGCUCCUGGCCAGGUGCCAUCAGCACUUGAUGCAGUUUGGGAAAGGGAAGUCCUGUUGCUACCGGUUCCUCACCAAAGGCCAGCAGUGGAUUUGGCUGCAGACGCAUUACUACAUCACUUACCACCAGUGGAACUCCAAGCCCGAGUUCAUCGUGUGCACGCACUCGGUCGUCAGUUACGCGGAUGUCCGGGUAGAAAGGAGGCAGGAGCUGGCUUUGGAAGACCCGCCACCCGAGGCCAUCCAACCUUCAGCACUCAAGGACAAGGGCUCCAGCCUGGACCCUCAGCAGCACUUUAACGCACUUGACGCAGGCACCUUGGGCCUUAACACCAGUCAUUCACCAUCAGUGUCCUCCAGAAGCUCCCACAAAUCCUCACACACGGCCAUGUCAGAACCCGCCUCUGCCCCAAGCAAGCUGAUGGCAGAGGCCAGCACCACGGCUUUGCCGAGACCAGCCACCCUGCCCCAAGAGCUCCCUGUGCCAGGGCUCAGCCAGGCAGCCACAAUGCCGGCUCCCCUGCCUGCCCCGUCAUCCUGUGACCUCACACAGCAGCUCCUGCCUCAGACCAUUUUGCAGAACCCACCUGCCCCCAUGACACAGUUCUCAGCACAGUUCAGCAUGUUCCAGACCAUCAAAGACCAGCUGGAGCAGCGGACACGGAUCCUGCAAGCUAACAUCCGGUGGCAGCAGGAGGAGCUCCACAAGAUCCAGGAGCAGCUCUGCCUGGUCCAGGACUCCAAUAUCCAGAUGUUCCUGCAGCAGCCAGCUGUUUCCCUGAGCUUCAGCAGUGCAACGCGGCCUGAGGCUCAGCAGCAACUCCAGCAGAGGUCAGCCCCAGCCUCCCAGCCCCAGCUUGUGGCCAGCCCUCAACUCCCAGGGCAGAUUGCCUCUGCCCAGGUGGCAAACCAGCACCUGCUCAGAGAAUCAAGUGUGAUAUCAACCCAGGGUCCUCGGCCAAUGAGAAGCUCACAGAUGAUGCAGGGAAGUGGCCACUCAGUGAGCAGCUUGACGCCCCAGUUCAGCAGCACCACGGCUGUGCUCCCACCAGCUCUGAGCCUGACCACGCUUGCUUCCGCCUCCCAGGAUGGCAGCCAGUGCCAGCCCAGCCCAGACUUUGGUCAUGAUCGGCAGCUCAGGCUAUUGCUGAGCCAGCCCAUCCAGCCCAUGAUGCCUGGGUCCUGUGAUGCGAGGCAGCCCUCAGAGGUCAGCAGGACUGGACGGCAAGUCAAGUAUCCGCAGAGCCAGGCCGUGUUUCAAAAUGCAGACAUGCACACCACCAGCAGCAGCACCUCGCCCCCCGUCCUGCUGAUGGGACAGGCGGUGCCUCAGCCCAGCUUCCCCGCCGCCGCCUCCAGGCAGUCACCCCUGCAGCCCGCACAGGCCCCGCAGCAGGCACAGCACUUCCUGCAGGUACAGGCACCGACCUCUUUGCACAGUGAGCAGCAGGACUCCCUACUUCUCUCCACCUACUCGCAACCGCCAGGGACCCUGGGCUACCCACCCCCACCCCAGCCCCCACGCCCACCCCGAAGGGUCAGCAGCCUGUCUGAGUCCUCGGGCCUCCAGCAGCCGCCCCGGUAGUGCCCUGGCACCUCAGUCGGGUCACAAUCAGCUUUAACCAAUGGACGGACAAUGGGAGUGGCCACAGGAGUGGGGGAGAGGAGUUUUAAACCCUUGGCUUUUAUGCACACUGCGUACAUUUCAGAACUCCUGGAUGGUAACCUUCUCCGGAGCACAGCAGCUGGCAUGUGACACAUGAUCAGAGUACUGGCCGUGUUUCCCUUGCCUGUGUGUUUCUCGGGCACACUCUACAGCCAUACUCGGAUGGGAACCGAGUUCCCCCCGCGUAAGUGUCGUUACUCAGUUGACUUAGCAGGUGGCACGGCUCGCUGCGUCCUCCUGAGAGAGCGCACUGGUCCCUCUAGCCGGCUGUGGUCUGUCCACGCUUGCUAGCUGGCCUUCACUCUCUUGACCCUCUUUUCUUUGCAUUCGAGAAGCACUGGGUCAGAGAUCUGUUGAAGAGAGAGAAUAAAGAGAUUAUUUUUCAUUAUUUUUAAAUGGUUGUUUUUGUUUUAAUUUGCACAGCUGCACAGAGGAGAUAACUUAGGCACUUUCAGGUUUUAAAAAUAAUAAGGUCUCCUGACUUCAUUUGGAGACCGCAGUAACAAAACCAGCCCACCAAUCAGAUGGCAGAACUGGUCAUUCUUCACCAGGCUGCAGACCCACACCCUCUGGCCUAAAACCUAAUGGAAGGAGGUUCUUCACCCCAUGCCCGUUCUGGUGAUUAUUGUUUCCCCUAAAUAUAACACUGGACUGUUCCUGUUUACUUGGUUGAUUGCAACUACAAAGGCCGACUCAAAGCAAAGCACAAUCAUGCAGCUGAUGUUCCGGAAUUCUGUCGGGAACUAUGAGACUUUGGAGGAAGAGGUUCCACAAGCCAGACAGGCCUGUGGAGCCCCAGGUCCCUGAGGAGACCCCACCACGCACCGGCCCCUUGAGUCAGAAUGCUGCAUCUUUCUACAGAUCUUUCAUGAUAAGACCGAGGAUUGGAUUCUCCUUUUCAAAAUGCACUUUGCUUUUUUUGUAUGUUUUGUUAUGUUGAGAUGUUUCUAAAGAAAAAGGUUUUAUGUAAUUAAAAGACGAAGUGUAGUGAACUGUACAGCUGUUGUAAUAAUGACCUAUUUCUAUAUAAAAUAAAAUUGUAUGGAUUAUGUGUAAAUUAUUUUGUAUCUGAGACGCCAGUUCCUUUCCCAAAUAUAAAAGUAUAAAAGUUUUCCUGUGUUUUUCUGUGAGUGGAAAUUUUGUAAUAAAUUAACGAAUUUGUACAAUU